CACGCGUUUGAGCUGGCCGCCUGCUUACCUACCCUAAAGCAAGCCCUGGAGCAGUGGGGCCAUGGGCUGAGUCAUCAAAUGCGGGCACCUGGAGUUGCUGCAAUUUUUCUCCAGCUGCUCCUCGCAUGUCCAAUUUCUCAACUCACAUUUUGCAACUCCGUGUUGCGCACCUCGAAAUCCAAGGCCGCCAGGCCAAUUGACAAGUGGUCAAGAUGUCUUUGAUGCAGAAUGGCUGAACCCCAACCCAUUCUCGCCGAGCCACCUGCGGCAAUUCCAUCAAUAACACCAAACGGUCAGGCUGGCCAGAAGAAGCAGCAGCACAACCAGAACCGAGGCCCUCCGCCUCACACCAUCUACGUGCGACCGGCGCCUAUCCGAACCUUCCCACUGCCGUCCUUCUAUCCCAACAAUCCUGUUUCCUUGUUCCACCUGGCAUACGCAUGGCUUGGCCAGAUCUUCUCCCCACCUCCAGCAGAGCCAUCUGCCGUUCUACAAGGAACAUGGUCUCCUGAGACUUCGUCCGUCCACGUGACGGACGAUAAAGUCAUUCGUUCAUUAUGGGAGCAAGGCUUCUACGGCAAGGGCAGUCUCAGCCGCAGCGAGCCCAACUGGCUGAAGAGAGAGCAAGUGCGUCGGGGCCUGCAAGAGACCCACGUCAGCGAGGUCAUGACAGCUCAAAGGCGUGACGAGCGCCUACGUGCCAAGUGGGAACGGGCGCGGCUCGAGCAGGAGCUCAUCCGCCAGACGAGGGAAGCCGAGCAGGCUGAGCAGAUGAGAUUGGAGGCCAAGAGGACCCCUGCGUCUGGCAAGCCCAAGAGGUCGACGCCCAAAACACGCAAACUUUGCGCGCAACAGGACUUUGCUUCUCCAACCGGGCCAAACGAGCUUCUAGCUCUCCCCAACUCCCUCGCUGAUCUGGCUGUUCACCACAACGCCGUCGGGAAGAUACCUUCCGUCUGGGCGACCCUUCCGCCAACAGGGCCAUUAGAGAUUCUGGCGCUGCCUAACUCAGCGGCUGACCUGUUGGCGCGUUCGUGCACCGAGGAUUCCACCGAUGUGCCCUCGUUAGUGGAUGACCAAGAAGAUUCCGACGAUGAUGAGGAGACAUCUUCGGGGCAAGACGCAAGUGUAUCAUCCCAGACAAAAGUCAACGGGACUGCGCCAGCAGUCAUUCCUGGUUUGCACAUUCUGCGCGCUCGAAUGCAGAAGAGCGUUCGCUUUUCUUCGGACGUUGGACAGGCCACUUUUGGUGUCGCGGACCCCCCUAGUCCAAGCCAAAAGGUAGAGGACCAGAAGAAAUCGGACGGCGACAACACUCCUUCGGACAUCAUCGUCAACAAAGAGCAUCUUCAGCUCAUGCCCGAGGAAGCCCUCUGGCUCAGCUUCGGCUUGGGCGCGCUGGUCGUGAAUGAUCCCCUCUCUGGGCGACAGCUCUCCACGCGCGAGCUGCUGGCCUUGUUCCGCCAGCACUCCUAUUUCCCUCCGCGCGAUGGUCCGGAUGACCUUGACCUCCAGCCCGAUGACGGCUUUCUACUGCACUACGCUGUGUAUCAUCAUUUCCGGUCCCUUGGCUGGGUGCCUCGCUCUGGUAUCAAGUUCGGUGUCGACUGGCUCUUGUACCAGCGAGGCCCGGUGUUUGACCACGCCGAGUUUGGACUCGUCGUUGUCCCGUCGUACUCCGAUCCAUAUUGGAGGACCGUAGGGAAGAGCAACCCGCAGAAGAAGUGGGAGUGGCUCCACAGCAUCAUCCGUGUACUAUCACAUGUAAUGAAGAGCCUGGUGCUUGUGUACGUGGAGGUGCCACCGCCUCACGAACUCGAGAAGAGCCUGGACAAGGGGUUUGCGAGUGCUUUGAAGCUGUACAAAGUCAGGGAGGUGAUGAUCAAGCGAUGGUCGAGCAAUCGCAAUCGCUAGUGUAAUGAGAUAUGAUUGUAUGGAAAGCACUGCGCAUUUGAGCAAGACCAUCUUGGCUGCCUUGGUGACAAUUAUGUGACAUGUGCCAUGAGGUGUAAAUGCGAAUCCUCCCUCUGAUCAUGGAGGUGGAGUCAUUGCUUUUGAGAAGCCAAAAUGAGAGAAUUGGCGGUCCUGGGGCUCUCAUUCUCGAGUCUAGAUCUUACUACACUCUGUGAGCUGCAGGGUAGGUUGACAUGUAGCCGAGGUCUCGCAUAGCCGGAUGUGGACCAGCGGGC